UAAUAACAGUAUUAUUAUUAAACAUUAUAUGUAGAUAUAUAUUUACCAUAAAACACACAAUAUUUAUUUAAUCAAUCACUUUCAAUGGCUGAUUAAAGGUCAUUAAGGUUAAAGAUUAGCUUGGACGUAUUUUUUUUUUUUGACGAAGGAACUAUAUAAGCGAGAAAUCGACAUUAUUUAUAUAAUAUAUUCGAAGAAAGUGUUACCAUUGCAUUCCUCGCUUUUUAUCAUUUAUACAUUAUUGUUUAUAAAUUAAUUAAGUUGUUUUUAUUUCCUGAGGGCAGUUCGAUUUGUUUGUUAUUGUGUGCUAUUAAUGAAAGUUUCAAGUUAAAAUUAAGUGGCCAAGUAUUGUUUCAAUCAUAGAAUAAAAUUUUCAUUCUAAUUAGUCAUUGGAACAAUAAAGGAAAUUAAAAGAAAAAUGUCCAAUAAGCAGAAGAUUAACAGUUCUAUACCAGGUCUAGUUUAUCCAUUGGCUAGAAAUGAAAUUAUAAAGACACCGUAUGGAUUUUUAAAAGGAAGAACUCAGCAAGAUGGUGCUGAAGGACUCUGGAGAAUCAGGAAUGGUUUAUACGAUUUACGAACUUUUGCUAAAUCUCAUCCUGGUGGUGCCGAAUGGAUUACUCUUACCAAAGGCACUGACAUCACUGAAGCUUUCGAGGCACAUCAUCUAACAGAAAAAGCUGAAAGAAUUUUACCCAAAUUUUAUAUUCGUGAUGCAACCACGCUAAGAUCAAUACCAUUAACUUUUGAACCUAACGGUUUCUAUCGUACUUUCAAGAAACGUGCUUUAGAGGCUCUCAAAGACGUAGAUUUUCAUCGACCUUCGAAAGUUUCUAAUUUCAUUGCUGAUUCUUUCUUUGCUGCGACAGUUUUCUUCUGUUUGGCUGCUGCCUAUUCUCAUAUUCUGUCAUUUAUUGCAAUCAUUAUUGCUGGAUUUUUCUUGGCAUGGACUGCAGUCAUUGGUCAUAAUUAUUUUCAUAUGAGAGAUAACUUUCGUAUGUAUUAUUUUGAUCUCAGUUUAAUGUCAUCCAAAGACUGGCGAAUCACACAUGUUUUGAGUCAUCAUCUUUAUCCAAAUACUCUUUGGGAUUAUGAAAUUUAUGCUAUCGAACCAUUACUGAAAUGGUUACCAGAUAAAAAUAAGAAUAUCAUCAUAAGUUUUAUUUCCCAACUUUCUAGUCCUAUUAUUUAUGCAUUGACAUUCAUUCAACAAGGAGUCAAAAGGUACUAUUCAGUGAUAUGGGAAUAUGGAACAGUGGAAGUUAGAGACAUAGUACCUUUCAUUCUCCCAAUUGCUAUGUCAUUUGUUGCACCAAGUAUAUUUGUUGCUUUUCAAACAUGGAUAAUAAUCAUUUUGAUAAGUAGUUUCAUAUUUAGUUUCAUCGGAUUUAACGCUGCUCAUCAUCAUCCAAAUAUAUUUCACGAUGGAGAUAUUUAUCGGGAAAACUUGGAUUGGGGUCUACUCGAAUUGGAUGCUGUUAGAGAACGUGAAAUUAUCGACGAUGUUCCACUCUUAGUAUUAACCAAUUUUGGCUCCCAUGGUUUACAUCAUUUGUUACCGGCAGUCGAUCAUUCGUAUCUACCUUUGACUAUGCCAGCUUUUCUACAAACUUGUAAAGAAUUUGGUAUAAGUACUAAAAGAUGGACGCAAUGGGAACUUUUGAAAGGACAAUUCAAACAAUUGGCUCGAGUAGAAUGUAAAAAGAAUCAUAGAUAAUAUCUUUGUUAAUUAGAUAAUAAUAGAUAUAAGUAUAAUUACUUUUCGAAAGUAAUUAAAUUAAUCGAUAUUGUAGAUUGUAAUAAGUACUAUCGGUAAUUUAUCAACGAUUCGAACAAGUUCUGUCGGUAUAUUUAUUAUCGAAGAUUUUUCAAUCCUUCCAUUAAAUUUUCUUUAAGUAAUAAAUAAUAUUUUCAAUAAAAAGAAUCUUUAAUAAUCGAGCAAAAAAAAUAAACCUAAGAGAAAACGCAUUUCAAGAAGCAAAUUAUUUCGCAUGACGAUGUUUUCUUAACUUUAUUUAUUGCUUAUUUACUUUAAUAAAUACAUACUUCGGUCUCUCUUUAUAAAUUACAAUUAAGUUUAUAGGAUAGGAUAAUCGUCCGGAUGAUCGGUGCAAUGAGAUAUUUUAUUUGAUUUAUCAUAAGCAUCGAUCGAUUGCGUUUAAUUGCGAUUAUAUAAAUUUAUCGCAUAGUUUCUUUCCAUCAUGUUCGCGUGUAUAUUUUUUUUAUAUAUCGUUUCUUUAUAUAUUUUUCUUCAUUAAUAUUCGUUCAUAAAUCUGUCAUUUUUGAUUUUCUGUUUGUUUGCGGCUGGUUUUUCUUGGGUAUGCAUGAAGAGAUAUGCAUGUGUGUAUAUUUGUUUAUCUUUGUAUGUAUGUAUAUAUGUAUGUAAAUAUAACAAAUAUAUCUCUCGUUGGCUCUCGCCUCUCAUUGUUCUGCUCGUA